GGGCGGACUGGGGGUGGGGAGGCGGGGAGCUUCAGCUCUCACCGCGGUGGUGGCAGCGGUUGCGAACAAAGAGCAGGCGGUGAGGAGAGGAUCGGAGAGGAUCGGAGAGGAGCGCAGCGGAGUGCAGCGCUGCACGUCGGGGGCGCUCAGGCUGCUGGCUCGUUUGCAGACCCGGCGAUGCGGGAAGCGGGCAGAACGCCGUCCGGGCAGCGGGGGACCCUGGCCCCCUAACCCUCCCCGCAUCAGCCCGCCUGCCCGGGAGCCCCGAGAGAAGUAGGAGCCUGAUGGCAGCCGGGGCCCCACGCGGCUGAGCCUAGAGCCAAGGCCGGGGAGCCAGGGGAGGAGGAGGAAGAGGAGGGAGGGAGGGAGAGGCGGCCAGGAGGCAGGCAUCUCCCCCCACUUUUUUCCCAACCCCCCCCCCGCCCCGCCAUCUACCCCCACCCCUCGGAAGCCCCCGAGGACAGCCGGGCCCAUGGCCGGGGUCAGCUACUCCGCGCCCUGGUGGGUGAAUCUUUUGCACCGGCUGCCCCAUUUCAACCUGCAGUGGGAGACGACGAGCAGCCAGUUCCGGCCGGAGGACACGGAAUACCAGCAGGCCCUGUUGCUGCUGGGCAGCGUGGCUGUAUCUUGCCUGGCUUUGGACCUCCUCUUCCUCCUCUUCUACUCCUUCUGGCUGUGCUGUCGCCAUCGGAAAAGUGAGGAACAUCUCGACGCCGAUUGCUGCUGUACGGCCUGGUGUGUCAUCAUUGCUACUCUGGUCUGCAGUGCUGGCAUCGCAGUGGGAUUCUAUGGCAAUGGAGAGACCAGCGACGGCAUUCAUCGGGUCACGUAUUCGCUUCGCCAUGCAAACCGUACUGUGGCUGGAGUCCAGGAUCGGGUGACAGACACUACAAUGGCCCUCAAUCAGACAGUGGAGACCAGCCUUCAGACCCUGGAGAAGCUCUACACAAAACAUACUGAUUAUCUGCACAUUGUCCAGAAACUCCAGGGGCUUCUGUAUGACUUGGUUCGGCAGACCACAGAGAUCCCCUUUUGGAAGAACAGCGCAGUAUCACUGGAGGAUCUGGCCGUGCAGGUUGAUCUCUAUGAUUGGUAUAGGUGGCUGGGGUACCUGGGCCUCCUCCUUUUUGAUGUCUUGAUCUGUUUGCUUGUGCUCUUCGGACUCAUCCGGAAUUCCAAGGCCAUCCUAGUAGGGGUAUGUUUGCUGGGUGUGCUAGCCUUGGUCAUCAGCUGGGGAUCCCUGGGGCUAGAGCUGGCAGUCUCUGUGGGUUCCAGUGACUUUUGUGUGGACCCUGAUACCUACGUGACUAAGAUGGUAGAGGAUCACUCAGUACUUGGUGCAGAGAUCCUUCACUAUUACCUGGACUGUUCUGCUGGAUAUAUAAACCCCUUUCAGCAGAAGCUGUCUGGGAGUCAUAAAGCCCUGGUGGAAAUGCAGGAUGAUGUUCUGGAGCUCUUGAGGUCUGCGCUUAGAGAAUACCCCACCUCCAAGGAUUAUCUGAUACGCAUCCAGGAAGUUCUGAAUUCCACAGAGAUCAAUCUGCAGCAUUUAACCGCCCUGGUGGAUUGCCGCAGCCUGCAUCUGGAUUACGUCCAGGCUCUGACUGGCUUCUGCUACGAUGGAGUAGAGGGUCUCAUCUACCUGGUGCUUUUCUCUUUCGUCACGGCCCUCAUGUUCAGCUCUAUCGUGUGCAGCGUUCCUCAUACCUGGCAGCAGAAAAGGGCUGCCGAUGACGAUGGGGAGGAAGAGUCUACGGCUCCAGGAACCAGGCAGACCCACGACAACCUCUAUCGAGUGCACAUGCCCAGUCUGUACAGCUGUGGGAGCAGCUAUGGUAGUGAGACCAGCAUCCCUGCAGCAGCACACACAGUCAGCAAUGCCCCCGUCACGGAGUACAUGAGCCAGAAUGCGAAUUUCCAGAACCCUCGAUGUGAGAACACCCCUCUGAUUGGCCGAGAAUCCCCACCGCCUUCAUACACCUCCAGCAUGAGAGCCAAAUACCUCGCUACCAACCAACCUCGCCCUGACUCCAGCAGCGGGCAUUAGACACCGAUCGCAAAUGUGCCAACUGCCCCCCUGCCCCCCUGUGCUUCCUUGCCAAACCACUCUGCUUCCCUCCCUCCACUCCUCCUGAUGCUGGCGCUGUACCUCCCGCUUCUGCUGCUCCCAGCAUCUGGCUACUGGGACCCUGAGAGGCCAAGGACCACCAGGGAAUGAGCCCAGUGAGAGGGCAGGGGCUCCUGGGGCCGCUAAGGACUCACCUUCCAGCCUACACGAGCUGCACAGGCCGAGGGCCCAGAUUCAUGUGCUUCUUCCAUAAGCCAAAUGGGAAUAUUAACAGAUCAGUUUCCUACUCCUCUUCCUCCUCUUCCUCUGCCUCAUCCAUCUCUGUCCCUUCUGCAGAAGGAAAAGAUGCUUUGGAGGUCUGGGCUCUGGAGUGAUUCCUAACGGUGCUUCUCUCAUUCAUUCUGGACCAGCUUCAAGUUAUGAGGGCUUUGAGUCAAGGGUGUCCUUGUCUUGGUCAGGAAAAUAGUCUCAUAUGCAUCCUUUUGUGACCCAAACAUACAUGCACUGACCCAGAUGUGCACAUGCCCAUGCUGACCCAAACACCCUCUCUUUGAUCUAAAUGUGUACCCUUAUGCCAACCCAGACAGAUGCUCACUUUGACACAUACUCUUUUACCAUCAAAUAUAAGCACUCUCUCUCUCUCUCUCUCUCUCUCUCUCUCUCUCUCUCUCUCUCUCUCUCACACACACACACACACACACACACACACACACACACACACACACACACAUUCUCUCACACCUAUGAGGGGACACAUACACACUUUCUGUCUCUGUGUCUCUGUUUUCAUCUCUCUGUCUCCCUGUCUCUGACUCGGUGUCUCUGUCUCUCUCUCUCUCUCUCUCUCUCUCUCUCUCUCUCUCUCUCUCUCUCUCUCUUUCUCUUGCACACAUGCACCCACAAGCCAAGUUCCCCAGCUCACCACUUUUAGCUUCUUGUUAGAGGCCUUACUCCAGAAAGUUAGUCUCCAUCCAUGGGGAGGUGGAUUGUGAGUCAUGGGAAGAACUUCUGCCUCCCCUGCCCUUCAAACCCAAGGUCAUUUGCUCACUGCCUUCUCUUUUCCCUUCCCUGGUCCUCACCUUUGUCUCCUGGAGAACUCUGAGACAAUAGUGUUUAAAUUCCUUGUCCAUAGUAGGGUGAGCAUCAGGUGCCUGGUGCCAAACCAAAGGCUUGGGUCUUCACUUCCCUGGCCUUCCCCUUCCCCUGGGUUGCCCCUGUGCUCCUGUCUCCUCUCCAGUGUGGCUAUCCAGAAUCUACCAAGAGUCAGCAGGAGCUGGCCACCCCCUUGGUGCCAAAUCACCUUUAGCAAAAUAUUUGCCAGCUUUUUUUUUCUUUUUGCACUAAUCACAUUUGUAAUCUCUAGGCAGAACACUCGAAUGGUUUUCCAGAGAUAUGGGCCAGAUGAGAGAUCCUUAGGGUGUAGUGGUUGCUGCUGGACUGUUUCCCUGCUCCCUUCUUUUUUUUCAUUUUUUUAAACCCAGGAAUAGAAGCAUUGGCCUCCCAAAGAGAUCUCUGGGAGGCUGGGAUUCAGGUCCCUGCUUCUCUAGGCCUCUGUUUUGCUUGCAUCAGAGAUAGAAUGCCAAGGACUUGUGAGCCAGCUGUGAAUGGGAGAUCUGUGUCUCCUUCCUCCUCCUGCUCUUUCUGGCUCUAACCAUUAACCUCACUUCCCACAUGUCCCUGGACUCCUCGGACUACUGGGCUUGAAUGGUAGAAUGGAGCAGGGCCAGGACCCUUGAGUCCAAGGCCCCUUGCUCCCUGAAGAGAUGGUUCAGCCAUGCCAGCACCCUUCCACCUCCACCCCUUCCUCAUCCAGAAGUGAUACCCCCACUGACGUUCCCAGGAUGGAGAAAGCAAUGAAUCUGGAUACAUGGAGGAAGGGGAGAUUUUGACCUUCUACUAAUGGGGUAAAAUUGCUUCAGCCAAGUGCCCAAGACAGAUGCAGUCAAGAUAUUCCUUGUUCCGGAGAUGCUAUGAGCAGUCUGCCUCCAGCCAAUCCCAGUCGUUUCAGCCAUUCUGAAUGGCCUCUCUGUAGUUACCCUGUAGACCAGAGAGAAGAGUGACUCACAACAUGGCGGAACAGGCAUCUUAGGUUCCUUCUGUUUGAAGUAUGAGCUAGGGCUGGCCACUGAACCUCUGUCUCAGUCUCCCUGUCUAUGAAAUGGGAAUGAGACAUCUACCAUAAGGUGCUCGCUGCCUUGGUGUGCAGAAUACUUGUGGCAUGUUCUGAAUCUGCCUGCCUUCUCCUUUUUUGCCAGAAAGCUAGGGAGAGCUGCCAUCUCCUUUCCCUCCGUCCACCUCCUCUCCCUCAUACCACCUACCUACUUGGCAAACUGUUCACCAGAGAUAGAAGGUAUCCAGGCCCAAACCCCAGAGUAGAUCCAAAGCGCUGGCCUGUCAGGGUUGGGGGCCAUACCAGAGUCCAUCUAUCACAGGCUGAAGGGCGCCUUCAAGUAAAGAUUUGUAUAGUCAAGAGAGGAAACAGCAACCAAAAGAUCAUAUGAUUUGGUCCCGUCUAUGGCAGGCAGCAAAGACAAGCAGAUGAGGGUACCCACAUUCCCAUUUCUACUGGAAAUGACCAACGAUUACAUCUCCCUGGGCCAUUUUAAAAAUCUUGCCUCUCCUGUUUGUAUGCUCCCUACCCCCAUUCUGUCUGUAUCCCUCAUUAAUGGUCCCUGGGCACUUAAGAGUUUGGCUAGAGCAGCAAUUCUCAAAGUAUGGUCAGGGGACCCAUGGGGUAGGACCCUUUCACAGGGUCCUCAGAAAAAACCUAUUUUCAUAAUGCUAAAAUGUUUUAAUUUCUGGUAUGGUAACUAUCCAUAGACAUAACCCAUAUAUUAGCAAAAGCUCUUUGGAGGGGAUCCUCAAUAAUUUUUAAGAAAAGCGUAACAGGUCCUGAGAUUGGCUGGGCCUAAAAGAACAAGGUAGGAUCAACAUAACAACUGCAUUUCUGACAACAAGGAAGUUUCUAGGGUGCGAAGGGGUUGGCGUGGCCUGUCCUGGGAAGGAUGGGAGCAGCAGGAAGACAAGAACCCCAUCUGGAGCCAGGUUUUAGGUGGCCAAAGCCCUGCCAGAUAGUCAUCACUGAGACCUGUGACUACAUGCUGCCCCCUCUCCUCCAAAGACACACACACACACACACACACACACACACGCACACGCACACGCACACGCACACGCACACGCACAUGCACACACACCCCUGAUCUUUCAAAAAGGGAGCAGGCAGGGCAGUCUCCCUCCCAAGACCUAAGCUCCCCGACACACAGGAUAAGGCCACCUGGAAUAAAGCCCCUAGAAAUGGAGGUUGUGCUUCAGAGGCCAGAAGAGAGUUGCUGCCUGUGUUAGGGAAUCCCUCAUGGGAAAAACCAACUUGUGCUAUGAAGACCUGGUCCACCACCCCUCUUCUUAGAGGCCCACUUCAAAAGAUGCCAGGCUAGGAGGUGGCUGGUCGUGGCAACAGCAGUACAACCUAGAAGCAUCUAGUGGUCUUCCAGUGCCAUAGAGAACCUCAGGGGGUAUCUGGAAGGGACAUCCUUUGACUCCGCCCCCUCAUCUGACCUCACACUCCAUCAGGGAAGAUACCAUGGUUUUCUAAGACUGGAAAGGUGCCCAGCCCCCAGGGGAUGCUGUGAUAGCGCCCAGCUCCAUUCACAACAGCCCCUUCCAACAUCCCUAGCAGCGGAGUUAAGAGCUCGGUAACAAUUUCCUAUUGGUCCUUGCGGACCCUUUUUUUUAAACCGCUCACGUGAGCUGCUGGGCCACAGACAACCUCCUGAACAUCAUCGCUAGGACAUCUUGGAAGCUGCCAUCAGAAACUCUCUCCAUGUGAAACAUCUCUAGUCCCCUCUCUUCCCGUCGAUCACUGCAUUCUGGACGUGGAUGUGACUGAGCCUCGGCUGUCUCGGUGUCUUUUUUUUUAGAAGCACAAACAUUAUCAGCUUUGUCUGGUAUAUUCAGUUCUUUUUCCAUUGCAUCCUUAUGAGCAAAAAAACAAAAACCCACCACUGAUCAGACCAACCACCUCCCAUCAAAAAAAAGCAAAAAAAAAAAAGCCCUCCAGUUCAGGGAGGGAUGGGGGCCUGUGGACUUUUUUUCCCAAGCACAUGGACAUCUCCACAAUGUGAAUGUAAAUAGCAUGUUGAACUCCUGGGUCCAGUGUUCAAGACUGCAUUGUACUCGUUAAAAGAAAUCAAACUCCAGACUUGGCUGUGAAUUUCUCGUGCUGUCUUGGGAAUCUUUAACUGUAGUGUUUGUAUUCUGUCUGUAAUCUUUUAACUUAGUUAAUUUUACUUGCCUAUAUGGAAAAGAAAAAAAAGGGGGGGUUCAAACCGAAAACUCAGCACUUGGAAUGGGGCUUUUGCAACACCCAACCAGCAUCCUAGCCGGACAAAAUGCCUUGGGCUGCUACCUUAGAUUGGUUUGAAUUAUUUUUAACUGCUUCUCUCCCCCAAAUGCAUCCCUGGCUCCUCUCAGACCCCAGUCUGACUUCUAAAUGUAAGUUUUCUUUAUCCCAGAAGUCAAUGUGUCUUCCAUCUGUCCUAUCGAACUUAUUCCUUGGCCAUUGCUUGGUGGGGUGAAGAGAACUAGCUCCAGGGCCAUAAUAAAGACAAGGUGGCUGGGGACUUUUCCCAGGGCUCUAAGAUUUAGAGGGUGCCAAAAGCACCAUCCCAGGAUUCUACCUUCCUGGUGACUAUACCCCCGUUGAGGUAACCUUUCCCUAUGCCAGACACAAAGAUUUCUAGCUAUGUCUAUAUUCUCAAUUGUAAUUUCAUUCCUUCUACCUAAUCAGAAGGGCUUAGGCAGUUAUGGACUCUCCUGUUUCACUGUGGGCACCCAUAAUCUUAGACUGAUCUCUGUGUAACAGGAGAGGAAACAUUCCAAUUCUCCCUUUAGGGUGGAAAUCUUUUUCAUCUGAUUUCAGCCCUAGAAGCCUCACAAGGAUGGAGGAGUGAAGACUGGGAAGGAGUUCUGGUUAUCUCUAUCCCAACUUUGGGGAUAAAGAGUAAUAAUUCACAGGUUCCUCCAAGUGGUUCAGCAUGACAGGGGGGACAGUCACCAACUGAGUCAUAUUCAGGAUGUACCUUGGAAUCCUGGCAUAUGAAAAGAAAUGGAGUGGUUCUGAAUAGAGUUAGAAGCCCAGAUUUCUUCCGGUGAGGGAGAGAGUAGGGAUUACUCUGGUCCUCUCUCUUUCCUUGGUAGCUCACUGGGCUGAGAGUAGACGGAGGAUUCUCUACCCUUCUGCUCCAUCCCUCCCUGGAGUGAAUCCUGGCCUUGUUCCCCAGCUUAGCUCACAAAGAUUGUGGCCUAACUCAAGGAAAAGUUUGUUUCCCAGCAAACCAGCUGGCCUCAUCAUCCCUUAACUCACAUGUCACUUCUUGUUCCAAAGGCUCCUUUAUCAGCGGUUGGGGUGGAGGGAUGUCAUAGAAUGUCUUAGACCCCAGACUGACCCUUCUUGAGUAAUCGUCCAAGGCCACUGGAGGACCUCCACCCUCAAACAAUUUAGUUUCUUGCCGAUUAAGUUCUUAGAAUGAGGGAGUUGAUAGAACAGCAUAUUCUCCACUGGUCUCAGCAACUGAUCCUCCUGACUUUGCCACAAAGGCAGAGAUAAAUUGCUGGAGACAAAAUGGGAUGCAGAAAGGGGAGGACACUAUUCCUGCUCCCUUUGACUUAGAGGACAGGGAGGUGGAGGGACUGACAGACAUCCCUGAGGGCUGCCCUCUGUACCCAUCUCACUAUGCAAUUCCAAAACAACAUUUUCCUUCCAAACUCCAAGCCCCAUCAAUGGAUGCCUCCCUUGACCCCAGUCAGCUCCCAGGGACCCCCUCAGGGCCAGACCCCAAGGUCAAGGCCAUGGAGAACAGCUUCUCUGAUGAGAGGGUGUUGGUGGGACCUGACUGGUCAUCCUGUCCUUGGGCCUUUUGUACUGAUUUUGUUUUUGUUGUGUUUUUAACCAUAAUGGUUGUAUAUCAUACCACUUUAUAUGCGUUAUAUAUAAUAUAUAAAUAUAUAUGAUUUUUUUAAGGAAAUGCUCAACUUCCUAGUUUUUUUCUCUCCUGCAAGUCCCUAAACUUGCCCCAACAUGUUUUUAAAUUGUGAGGGUUGAACUGAGGCUUGAACCUGUUCUUGUAUUUUUUUUUUUUCCUUUAACCUUGGUAGUUUCAUGGAUGUACUGUAGCUAUUUUUUACUGGGUUUUUUGGUUGGUUUCUUUUUGUUUUAUUCUCUCUUGUUUUGACAAAUACUAAAAACAAAAUCUCUUCAAUGUAAUUUCUGUGGUUUCUAUUCAGCUUGGGUUUAAUGUUUUAAAAUAAACAAG